UUUAAGAAGGCUAAUAAAACUAUCAACAGUACAAGAAUAAGCUAUCUUUAUGCACAAUCACAAAAAUAAUGGAAGAUACUUCAUCAACAAACCAAGUUACAUCGCUAGCAACUCGUUUCCAUGAAGCUGUAAGGGCUCUUCUCAGAUGCUUGGGACUCGAAACUGGGUUCCACCAAAACCCUAGUUCAUGUCCCAUGGAAGAAGAUGAUGAUGGCAAAGUCGAUAACAAUCGACAUUCUUCUGAAAAAGAAGCAGGUUCAACUCCAACAGGUUAUUCAGACCCACCAGCUGAUCCUCCUUCCACCCCCAGCGUAACUGGAGUUCCGGUGAUAGUUCUCUUCACUCCUAAAAGGCCAGAGACAGGCGAAGGCAGCGGACCUCAGAUUAAUUAGCUUGAGCUUUCACAAUGGCAAGAGAGGUUUAUCUAAAUCUAAGGUCUUUUGGGUUUGGUUUUCAUCUUUAUUUGAGAGAGAGAUCGGGUGAGUAAUUUGUAUAAAAUCUCGUAAAUGUGCUUGUUGGUUGGGAAAAAAUAAAAAUAAAAAUCUAAA